AUGGAAUCGGAAGUAAUCAAGAAAUUCAACAACGAACUCUCCUCAAUCCACGAAUCAAAAGCGCCAUCAAAAGCCAAAAUCCAGGAAAUAACACGUGCCGCUUUAAAAGCCAAAUCGCUCUACAAACACGUCGUAUUCUCUGUGGAAAAGUUCUUGAUCAAAUGUAAACCGGAGCAUCGUUUGCACGUUCUUUAUAUAAUUGAUAGCAUUAUUCGAGCAUCAAAACAUCAAUUCAAAGAAAAAGAUGUGUUUGCUGCAAGAUUCAUCAAAUCUUUCGAUAAAAUAUUGAAACCACUUCUUGCUUUGAAACAUCCGGAACAAAUGAAAGUUAUUCGAACUCUGAAUUUAUGGCAGGCAAAUGGUGUGUACACAAAGGAAGAGAUUGCGCCAUUUCGAGAGAUUUGCGAGAAAAAUGGGUUGGAUACGGAUUUUGAGGCGGUGGAAAGAGCUGUGAAAGGAGGAUCAGCAGAUAUGAGGAUAUAUGGUGGAAGUUAUAUUAAGAAGGUGAAGACAACUUCAGCGAGAUCUACAACUCCAACAAUUCCACCUCCUAAUGGAGGAGGAGAUGGAUUAUUGGGUGCAAAUCCAUCGCAUUUUGUUCCAAGUGAAGAAUAUUUAGAGGGAACAAUAUCGCAAAGAGAAAUGCUUGAUUUGAUCAGACAAACAGGUUUCGAUCAAUUCGGCCGAUUUCAAAAAGAUCACAGUCUUCUGAUUCGCGCCCACGUCAUUUUUGUCAACAAUUUGUUGGCACGAAUUCAACGGUUGAAGGCGGAACAAGCGGCGGCGGCGGCGAUUCGCGCGAAAAGUUUGGCGAAUGUGCUGUCGCAGGGUUUCAAUUAUUCGGAUGAUGAAGAUGAAAAUGGAGAGGAGAAUCAGGAGAACAAAGAUCCGCCGCCAUUGACGAGGGAAAUGAUUUUUGAGUAAGCAUUUUUGGGAGAGGGGGGGGGCUUUUUGGUGCCAAAAUUUGAAAAUUUCAAUUUUUUUCACAUGAAAAAGCUUAAAAUCCACGUGGCAAUGAAAAUUAAGCCGCGAAAAAUUUGAAUUCUAAAUUUACUCAUUGCCACGUUGAUUUUUGGCGCGAAAAAUGUGAACAUUUCGAAAUUUUCUUCAAUUUUCACAUGGAAAAGCUUAAAAUCCACGUGGCAAUCUAAAUUAAGCCGCGAAAAAUUUGAAUUUUGAAUUUUUCCCAAUUUUUGAUGACGUGGCAAAAAAUUGAGUCAAAAAUCCGAUUGGAUAAUUAAUGUCACAUUAAAAAUUUGAAAAUUUCGAAUUUCGGAGCCAAAAUUAUGAUGACGUGGCAAUAGAAAAUUGAAUUUUGGCUUCAAAAAUACGCAUAUAAAUUUUUGAAAAAUUCAAAUUCUCAAUUUUUGCCACCAAAAUUACAGAAAAACUGAAGAAUUUUGAAUUCCGGACCUGAAAUUCCCUAUUAAAAAAAAUCAAUUUUUUGCAGCAUGGCUCGAGAAUUGAUCAACAAUGAAACUGUCAAAGAAGGGCUGAAAUUAUUAUUGUCUGAAGCUAAUGUGAGUUUUUUUGGGGAAAAGCCUUUUUUAAGGGGAAAAGCUUUAAGUGAUCGAUUUUUAAAAUGAAAAUCCCUCUUUCAUAAUUGUUUUUGGCUCAAAAAAUAUUUAAUUUCAAUGAAAAUUCAAUUUCAGGUCAAUUUUUCCUUCAAAAAUCCCAAUUUCCAUUCCAGAAACCUCCAGCUCAACCCGAAAUCCCUCCACAAAUCGCCAAUCUCGCAGCCGCAUUUCCACCUCAACUCAAUCCCCAACUUCUUCAAGCAAUUCAAGCUCAAAAUCAACAAUUAGCUGCUCGUUUUGCUGCUCAACAACCUCCCCCAGUUGCUCCACCAGGAGCAGGAGUUCAAAAUGUGCCGCCACCCGGACUUCCACCAAAUAUUGCCGGAUUAGUUGGUGGACAACAAUUACAGCAACAAUUGCAAGCAUUGCAGGCAUUCGCUGGAGCUGCGCAAGGACAAGUUGGACAAGUUCCAAAUCAGCAACAGGUUAAUUUUCAGGUGAGCUUGGGGGUUUUGGGGAAAAAAUCUGAAAUUUAUGGAAAAAAGGCUCAAAAAUCCAUUUUUCCUCAUGGAAUUUGAGAAAAGAGGCUUCAAGUGACCUAGAAAUCUAUUUUUGGAUUUCUAGGCCUUCUGAAAAUUCAAAAUCUUGAUUUUUCGCUAAAUUCUUGUCAAGGUGGCCUAGAAAACCAAGUUUUUUUUGGAUUUUUGGGCCAUAUGAAACUUCAAAAUAUAGAUUUUCAUUAAAUUAAGAUCAGGUUGGCCUAGGAAAUUAUAAUUUUGGAUUUCUAGGCCAUCUGAAACUAACAUAUCUAGAUUUUCAUUGAAUUCGGGUCAAGUUGGCCUAGAAAACCCAAUUUUCUGAAUUUCUGGCCUAGAAAUCUCAUUUUUGGAUUUCUAGGUUACUAAAAUGCUACAAAACUCGGAUACCAGAUGGCCUAGAAAUCCUAAAAUGGAUUUUCUAGUCCGCCAGUUCAAAGCUCUGCUUUUGGCCGAAUUUUAGAGCCCGUGACCUAGAACACCAAGUUUUAGAUUUCUAGGCCAUGAGGUCAAAAAAUGAGUUGGAAAUUCGGGAAAUUUGAAAUGUGAUAUUUUUUUAAAGUUUAACCUGAAAUUAAGAUGCUGAAAAUGAAAGUCUAGAGCUCUAUCCUAAAAUUCUAAAAAAAAAUCCCACAAUAUUUUGUUGUUUUCAGGCUGCUCAACAAGCUCAACGUGCUCUUCUCAAUCAAUUAAUAUCUCAAAAUCAAUCCACACUUUUACCACUUGGUUUACCUCCACCCGGUGUUCCACCACCUUCUUCUUCUGCUUCUCAACAACAACAAUUAGCUCCUCCACAGGGACCACCUCCUCCUUUAGGUGUUCCUCCACAAUUUCAACAUCAUGAUCCAAAUGGAAUUAUGGCACAACAAUUGGCGGCUCAACAACAGAUGAAAAUGUUGGAAAAUGAAAUGGAAUUUGUGGCUGGAGUUGAGAAUGAGGUGAGGCAUUUUUAAUGGGAAAAUUUGGCUAUGACGUGGCAAUUUUUUCCUAUAAAAAAUAUGUGAAAAUCCGAAAAAAUGAUUAAUUCAAAAAAUUUGAGGAGAAAACUAACAUGAGCAAUCAUAGUUUUUCAGCUAUGACGUGGCGAAUUUCUGAAAUUUAUCUUGAAACAAGUUUUUCAGAUAAAAAUUCCAAUUAUGCUCAAAAUUUCUAGAAAAAUCUUUUUUUCAGAAAAAUUUUCAAAAGUUUGAAUUUUUAAGAAAUUGAGAAAAAACUAACAUGAGCAAUCGUAGAUUUUCAAGAUUUUGAGCUAUGACGUGGCGAGUUUCUGAAAAAUUGAAAAAAGAAGAGUAUGAGCUCGAAAUUUCUCAAGAAAAUCCGAUUUUCGACGAAAAAAUGGUUAAUUUUUAAAAUUUGAGGAGAAAACUAACAUGAGCAAUCAUAGAUUUCGAGCUAUGACGUGGAGAAUUGCUGAAAUUUAUCUUGAAACAGAUCAAAACAAGUUUUUCAGAUGAAAAUUCCAAAAUCAGAUUCUUUUGCUCAUUUUUCUAACAUGAUCAAUCAUUUUUUAAAUAAUGAGCAAAUUAUUUGUGAAAAAUUCAGGUUUUUUUGUUGAAAACCUACGAUUUUCCUACCUAAAAAUGUGUGGGAAAUGCUCUGAAAUCCCAAAUUUUUUGUCUGAAAAUCCCCCAAUCCCUCCAUAUUUACAGCACGAAAGAAGUCGUCAUGAUAGCAGAUCAUCUGGUCGAUCACGUGAAAGAGAAAGAAGUAAAGAAAGAGAACGAAGAAAAUUUGGAUUGCCACAAAUCAAAGAAGGAAUCACAUAUAGUUAGUUGCAAAAAUGAAGAAAAUUUUUGGGUUUUUUUGAAUUUUUGAACAUGAAAAAUGAAUUUUCAAAAGGAAAUCGCCAAUUUUUUGCAGUUGCUUCUCGAACUCUUUGGUUCAAAAAAGUGCCGCCAAACUGCAGUGAACUGGAUUUGAAAAAGCUGUCGAAUCUUGUGGCGAAGCAAAUCGCGUCAAAAUCAUCUCAAAUCGAGCUUGUGCUUAUGUAA